UUGUAUUGUGAUAUACUUCUUUAACAGUGUCGUCAUCUGCACGCGACUAAUCUCUUUCUACUCCAGGAAGCAAAAUUAAACGGAAAUUUUGGCUCUGCUAAGAAGAAGGAGAAACGAUGUCCGGGAGUUUUUAUUUUGUCAUGGUUGGCCAUCAUGACAAUCCUGUAUUUGAGAUGGAGUUUCUGCCGUCUGGGAAGCCUGAGUCAAAGGAUGACCAUCGCCACCUCAACCAGUUUAUUGCUCAUGCAGCUCUGGAUUUGGUGGAUGAAAACAUGUGGCUGUCCAACAAUAUGUACCUGAAAACUGUGGACAAGUUCAACGAGUGGUUUGUGUCUGCCUUUGUCACUGCAGGACAUAUAAGAUUCAUCAUGCUGCAUGAUGUACGGCAAGAAGAUGGAAUCAAAAAUUUCUUUAAUGAUGUAUAUGAUUUAUACAUAAAGUUUGCAAUGAAUCCAUUCUACGAAAUCAAUGCCCCAAUCCGCUCAACAGCUUUUGAGAGGAAAGUACAAUUUCUUGGAAAGAAACAUCUCCUGAAUUGAUCUAUCGUCUUAACGCAAAAAUUUCAAACCUGUCUGUUGAGUAUGUAACUUUACCAGCUUGAGGUCUAUAUGUUUGUCUUUCUUCUUUGAUAAAUGUUGUAAAUAUUUAACACGGAUGUGAAUUUUCUAUUAAAAGCAUGCAUUGUCU